GGGAGGGAAGAAACGGUGGGAGCGCGGCACAGCCGUCGGCGGGAGGAGAGCGCGGCGGCCGGAAGAGCCGGCGGGAGCGGGCCCGGGCCGCGAUGGAACGGAAGAGUGCUUUUCCUUUGGGCCAAGCUUCCCCAGGAAGAGACAGGACUCUGAGUCACUUCAGCCCAAGUGGUAAGAAGUUCCGGAGCAAGCCGCAGCUGGCGCGUUACCUGGGCAGCUCCAUGGACCUGGGCACCUUUGAUUUCCGCACAGGAAAAAUGCUGAUGAAUAAAAUGAACAAGAACAGGCAGAGGAUGCGCUAUGACUGUUCCAACCAAGCCAAGGGCAAGCCUGACUUGAACACAGCGCUGCCUGUCAGACAGACCGCCUCCAUCUUCAAACAGCCGGUCACAAAGAUCACAAACCAUCCCAGCAACAAGGUGAAAAGUGAUCCUCAGAAAGCUGUGGACCAGCCCCGGCAGCUCUUCUGGGAGAAGAAAUUAAGUGGACUGAAUGCUUUUGACAUUGCAGAGGAGCUGGUGAAAACAAUGGACCUGCCAAAAGGUUUACAAGGGGUUGGACCUGGAUGCACUGAUGAAACCCUGCUCUCUGCCAUAGCUAGUGCUCUGCACACCAGCACUAUGCCCAUCACUGGACAGCUGUCUGCAGCUGUAGAGAAGAAUCCUGGAGUCUGGCUCAACACCUCACAGCCCCUUUGCAAAGCAUUUAUGGUGACAGACGAAGAUAUUAGGAAACAAGAGGAACUGGUGCAGCAAGUGCGAAAGAGGCUGGAGGAAGCCCUGAUGGCUGACAUGCUUGCCCAUGUAGAAGAAAUAGCAAGAGAUGGGGAAGCUCCUUCAGAGAAAGAAGGAGGGGAGGAAGAAGGAGAAGAGGAAGAGGAGGAGGAGGAGCAGGACCAUGACCAGGAGAUGGAGAAUGUAUAGUCCAGGGAGUUCCAUGCAAGAAUUCCCAGUAUAAACCCUAUCAGCAGGGUCAGCACAACUAUUCACAAAGCCAAGAGUGUCUGCCGAGUACAUUGCACCACCAACCCAACUGUACCAAGGAGCAUUUUGAUGUCCACAUCAGGAGACGUUGAGAAGCUGAUGGCUCAGUGAUUGCUGGGUAGUUUUGAAGAUGGAACUUGACUAAACUCUACUCCCCCUCCUUUUUCUAAAGGGGUAGGGUAAUCAGGAAUGCGAAAGUGGGAGGGAAUAACGGAAUCUAAAACAGUGGGAGGUAAAAUUCUAGGAACCAAAUUUUAUGUCUUUUUUUUUUUUAUUACUACUUUAAAGUUUUUUGGUGGGUCAGUCAGUGAUAGGUGAUAAAUUUUUAAGCUUUUCUAUCCAAGUACCUUUAACAAAGACCCGUAGAAACCAUUUGCUCUCUAACACAAGUGAGAGGAGAUGCUGUUUCACUCCUUGGCUACUCUGCUGUAGGCUACCUGUUUGUAACUAACUUUAGGGAGGUCAUUUUGUGUUGUGGAUUGUCAUUCCAUGUGUCAAUUCAGGCCAUUGAACUUCCUUUUCCUCGCAAGACCAUAUUGGUCUUGGAGAUGACCUGCCAGUGUCUCUUCCAGCCGAGGUUUUGUUUAGUAGGGGAAGAUACACUUGAGGAAUUGGGCUUACAUCAAUGGCAGUUGUUUUUGUAGUUGGCUCCAGCAUCACACUCAAUGCACUCCUGUGCCCGUUUUUGAUACGGAGUUGUGUGUAUGUCCAGGCAUAGCUGCAUAGAGUUUGGGAGGUGAAUAUACCCGCUCUGAGGUGUAUUUUGCUUUGGUUUAAGUCCAGUCAGAAGGAACUUCUCAACUUGGAAUGGGAGAAUGACUCAUUUCUGACUGACAGUGAGGAAAACUUCCUCCUUUCUUUUCUGGUGCCAAGAGCCCCGACCUCCGUUCCUGUGUGUGCAGGGGGAAGGGGAUCCAUUUCAAUAGGUGUGUCUACACAUCUGCUUUCGUGUGCAGUAAUGUUCUGACCUCUUUUAAAACAAGAAAGGAAAAAGGUUGAUUUUUCUAUAAUUGAUAACCUGAAAACGAAUUUAAAGCUUUUUAUUAAGUAUUAAAUCUUUCUUAUUUGCAUGUGCAGUGAAGUGACCAGCAUUUUGUGUCCAAAACCGAAAUGAUGUGAAACCUGCCUUAAUGUGUUUAUAAGUAUUUGGCUUCACCAUGGGUACCUUGAUUGAUUCCUCAGUUUCUUUUAGUACAUCUGUGAGCAUAUUGGGGUAACUUGUGGCUAAAAAUGGGUUUAUCUGGGGAGGGAGGAUAGGGAGAAGGGACAAAGAUGAGAGUUUAUAGCUCAGAGAAUGGGUUGACUGGUUACAAAAGUUAUUUUAGUCUUGGGGUAUCCAUUGCAUGAUUCAUGCGUGGACAUUUCAGCUGACAGUAUGGUAUAAAGUGGUGGGUUCAAUGUUGUGCCACUGAACAAUUGUACAAGUUGUUGGUAUCCCCAAACUUGGGGAAGAAAGUAGCUCCCAGAGCCUUUAUCAUGUAAGAAUGGUUAGCAGCGAUAGCAGGGGACCAGGGGAAUUGCCUGGAAAGUAAUAACCUCUGGGAGUAGCUCAGCUUAGUGAUUGGAAUAGGUUUAAGCUCCUUGAAAAAUAGCCCAUGCCAAAGUGAUUGCUAUUGUACUAACUCUUUUCAUAAAGGUUUGAAAAUACAAACUUCUUUGAUACUGCUCAUUUGGAGUACUGCAAGAAGACUGAAUUGUGCUUCAUUCCUGCUCUGCCAGGUAUUAUUGCCUCGGGGAACUUUACCUGGUACUGCAGGCAGUGGGAACUGUUUUCCUUUUUGAACGGUCUGUUACGGUUAUUAUCCUGUAAAUCUCUCUCCUCUUGUAACUCAUUGUGUUGAAUUAAAUGUUUCUCACAAAGUA